UUCAGAUCAUUUCCAAAAGAGAUUUCACUGGCAACUCUAUUUCUUCCACUGAAAAGCAAGUGUGGAGGGAAUACCCAUGGGCUGAGUACUUAGUUCUCCAGGACAAUGAUCUGAGGGCAGUGAAGAGGCAUUCGCUGGAGGGUUUGCUCCUGCUGAAGCACCUGUAUGUACCGGUUCUGCCCUCUUCCUGGCAGGCAGAAAGGCCCAGACCAGCACACUGCUGGAGAAGACAGUGGCUCACCUUCCCAUUGGGCCCAUUGUUCUUCCCACCCCACGGAAGUGUGCUUUACUCCUCCCAUUUCAGGCAACAUUCACAGCAAAACAGGGUGUCUUGGUGCUGCAACAGUGGCCAGUGGGAUGAUGCACAUGAAGAUGUGGUGCAGCUUUCAUUUCCCCAAACCCAACAAAGAUGAGGAGGCUGCUCCCCUUUCCCACAGGACUUUGGUUGACUUGUAGACAACCUCAAUGUAACCAUGGCCUCCCACAGCCUGGGAGAUUGCCUCUGACUUUUCUUAACUGAGGACCAAUUUUUUACGGGUGACAGUCACCUAGAACAAGGCAAAACCCAUAUAUGCCUUGUUUCUGCUAAGCUUUGGAUGGAAAGAUAUUUGCUGCAGUGAAGACAGAACCCCAUAUUGUUGAUCACUCUUGGGAUGGUCUCUCUAUUUGCUUACUGUAUUCCUGAAAUUCCCCUGGCUGCCUAUGUCCCUUCCUGUGCUGAAAUCCCAGAUAGACUGAGGUUGGGAGGUCUCUGCUACAGCCUCCUGCUCAGAGUAGGGCUAACCUCAAAGGUUGCUCGAGGCUGUAUCCAGCUGAGUCCCCUCUCUUCUUGGAGGAGAAACAAAUGUGAAUCUAAGACCACACAAUGUCACAUGAAUUUGCAACAAGUACUCUCACACUGUCUGGAAGGGAGCAGUGAAGUACUAGGUUUUGUUCUCCUUAAAGUUCAGUUUUUUACAUAUUUUGGGUUUGCCUGUAUGGUACAUGCAAAGGAAGAGUGAGAAAAGAGCAGCAAAAUCUUGCCCUGUUCUCUGAUUUUCACUUGGCCACUGUCAUCUUCUCUUUUCUCAUCCCCAGACUGCUUAGAAAAGGCUAAAAGCCAGAAAUAAAUCCACCAUAGAGGCUCAGAGCAUUAGUGCCCAGAGCCCACAUUUCCUGAGCCUUACAGGAGAUGUGGGUACAUUCAGUUCUCAAUACAAGUCUCAUCUUGAAUUAAAAAUUUCUACUGGUGUGAAAAAGUUGACAGCAACUGAAGCCCCCUGGCUUGGAGUUGGCUCAUGAUGGUCAUGUUUUGGGCCCCACUUGUCUGACUGUUACUAGAAUAGCUGAAAUGAGAGACAUGUCCCAAAAAAAUCUCUGUUGCUCACAUCUGUAGAUCAUUGCAACUAUCUCAGCUCCACUGCCAUCUGCAUUUGUAGUGUCAUUUAUAGAGUGUGGCCUUUACAUGCUAGCAUUUUUCUCACAAAAAGGGAGGUUUUGUAUUUUCUAGUACUUACAUUGGCCUGGAAGGAGGCAUAUACUGGGUGGUCUUGGCCUUUCUGGAGCAGCUCCUGCAGUGAGGCAGCCCCAGGGCUGCAUCUAGGCCUUGUCUCAGUGCUGGGGAAUGAGUGGAAAACUAGGUAGUGUCCCUCCCUGUGUGUUCUUAGCAGGUACCGAUGCCCCACAUCUUAGAAAAGAAGGAUCCAAAAACUUAAAAGCAGAAAGCAUGUUCUGCAGGAUGUGGUUUACAGGCUAAAUCAGUCAGGUUGGGAACAAACAGGCUUCCAGCCACAUUCCCUUUCCACAAGGCUGUAAACUGAACUCUCCAAAACACUUCUGAGAUUGCAUGUGCCAAGACCUUCCUCCCACCUGCUCCGGCUGCCCCACUGCAGGGCUCUUGCUGGAGCUGCCUCCUCAGAGGUCCAUGUCCCACAGACAAGAGCUGCAGUUGCUUGCUGAUGCUCUUCCUCAACAUUCUUCAGCAGUGAGGCCAUGUCCUACAGAAGAAACCUUGUGCAUUCAUCUCCUCUAAUUUUAGACGCUUAAUAAUUGCCUAGGAUUAAGCUAAUUGUUCAGGCUCUCAUUCCCCAUGGAGAGGAACAAGCACUUCCCAUUCACCCAGAUGAUCUUAGGAACCUCUCUGAGGCAGGGAUGAAUCACUCCCCAGAAGUAUUUCUCUCUCGCUGUUUACUGCAGAACAAGCCUGGGCAGCUGAUUCAGGCUGAGACGAUGAACCUUUUCAUUUCUAAAGCUAGGCCAGGUGAAUCCCACAGCAGCCAAGUCUCUGCACACAUCUCACAGCAGAGCUGUGCAGGAAAGUGGAGUUUUGGUUAACCCUUCAUUGUGCCAUUUCCAAACUUCCAUGUUUCUGAUUUUGCAUCUUUAGGAGGAUAUAACUGUUUAACAAAUUGCAUUGUAGGAGGGAGGGAUUAAGAGAAAAGCAACCAUUUGUUGUCACACAUGUACUUACCAGGCCAUCUCUGAGCCCUAGAAGAGUGUUCAGACACUCUUUUUUCUGUCUCCAGCAAGCAAAGCCCAGAUGGCACCCCAGGAAGGCAGGUUGAAUCUGUGUAGCACAUCCAGAGGGUCACAUAUUGCUGUGGUCCAUGCAAAUACUUCCUCAGCUGCUAAACUGUGCCUGUCUAAAGAUUAUUUUCUGUUAUCAAAGGGGAAAAAUCAAGUCCUGAAAUAAUUCUUGUGGGAUCAAAGCUAGAAAAAAAUUGCUGAGACGAAAGCCACAUCCAGUCAUGAGGGUUAUCACAGGUUACACACCACUGCAAGCUAGUAUCAGAUAUAAACACUGUGAAAUCAGAGCCAUGUGACAUAUAUGCUGCCAGUGUCAAAGCAAGGGAAAGUGAAUACAACAGUGCAAAUGUAAUCAACAUUUCAUGUUCUAAUUUUAACAGGGAUUUAUCCUGCAAUAAAAUCCUGUCGAUUGAAGAGCAUGCUUUUGAGCCACUUCCUUUCUUGCAGCUUAUAAACCUCCGUGGAAAUCUCAUCAUGCAGAUCCAGAAUGGCGCUUUCCAGGCAUGGCAUGGGAUGCAGUUUUUACAGAAUCUGAUCCUAAGCCAUAACCCCCUGUCUGCUAUCAAUGACACAUCCUUCUUUGAGCUGCCUUCAGUCAAAUAUCUAGACCUGGGUGCAACACAAGUGACUCAGCUGACAUUGCUCACACUCCUCCUGACAACAGUCCACUUGGAAAAGCUCAAACUGCCCAGUGAUACAGCCUGCUGCCUCUGCCAGGAGAAACACACCACUGAAACCCCAUGCAGGACCAUCCAGUUCCACUGCGAGGAUCUGUGCACCACCAGCACUCCCCAGUGCGCAGCUCACACAGAUUCUCUGGCAGAGGCGCAAGCAGAAAUAAUGAAAGCAGUUCAAUCCAGAAAACUGACCGCCAGCACGGUGUUAAGCCUCAAGCCCAAGGAGCCUUCAUUUGGAGACCAAGAAACCGCAACGCUUGCAGUUGUCCUGCGCCCAGCUGGCACUGAUGGUGAUCUCAGUAACCCGAAUGAUCACAUUUCCAGAACAAACUCAUAUUCCCCUCAGCACCUCUCCAGGCAGGAAGGCAAAAACAGUAAGGAGCUGAUGCUGCACAGCAUUCAGCACAUGGACUGGACCAGCGAAAGUGAUAAGAGAAAACUCUAUUUCCUAGCGAAAGCACUAGUGGCUGAGCUCAAGAAGAAGCUGCACAUGGUUAAAAGUGUCGUGACUGUGGAAAACACCAUCUCACACCUGCCGACACCUGCCAUGUAUGAGAUCCCAGAGCAAGAGACAGCCUCAGGCUGGGUGCAAAAGCUGCGUGACUUAGGUUUGAACCAUGCACCAUUAAGCCCAUGGGAAGUAGCUGGGAGGUUAAACCCUACUGACAACAUCUCUGUCCUCAGACAACACAAAAGAUCCAUACUUCCUUCAGAACAUUCCCUUUCACUCUCCCCAGCCGAGGCCUCUCAUUUGUCGGGGUCUUUUGAGAUGCAAAAUUACCCCAAUGCUGUGGAACAGACCAAGAAAACUCAUGAUAUGGGGGAUGUGGAGGAUGCAGAAGAUGUAAAGGAAACACCAUCUCCAAGGCAGGGCUAUGUCUGGGCUUACAAAAAGCACAAGCACAAGGAUAGCCCAUGUCUGAAUAAAAAUAAUCAGCUUUUCUACAAUGUGUUUUAUGAUGUGAAUCCAGAAGGAGAGCCCACACCAACAAAAAGUAAAGGAGAACAGAGAGAAAACAUGAAACAACCUUUUUCCUCUAACCUGUCAGUUAACAACAGUCGCCCUGCUGCAAGCAGCAUGCUGGAGAACAUGGCUGAAAAUGAGGGCUCCUCUGUGGGUGAGCAUUUCCUGGGCACCCAUCAGAGCACAGAACCACACUGGAAGCAUCCAAAGGAAGGAUUUGAUUCCCUCAUUAAACGAAGAAGCUCAGACAGCCCGGACAACACGCUGGUUCAAGGAGACUUCUUUGAAAUCAAGGCCAAGCAUCACCUACGCUUGCUGGUCCCAGACAAAGCCCUGCGAACGUUCAUCGCCCAGGUGGCGCGAGCCCUGAGGAUGGACUGCAGCCUGCCUGAUGUCCAGCUGUCCUGUGCAAAGAUGGUCUCAAAGACAGGGCUGCUCGUAAAGCUGCUCAGCAAGAGGCCAGCUGAGCAGGGAGCCUCCUCUCGCACGGGCUGGUGUCUCCUGCAAGGGAACAUCUCCAUCGGCACGGCCCAGGCUGGUGCAGCAGGCAGGAAACUCGCAGGGAAGUGGAAAGCAGAGCACAGCUCCAGCAAGAAGCUGCUGUUGGCGAUAUCGGUGUCUCUCAUCAUCACGAUUAAUCUCACGGUGAUUUGUCUCAUCGAGGUUUGCUCCCAAAAACCUGCAGCUGCUUCCCAACCGCAAACCACGAGUAAAUCACGACCAAGAUGGUUCUUUCAGAAACUCCUGCCGCUUAGAUGGCGCAAGAACAAGCGUGACGUUGGAGAGCAGGGCUCUCACGUGUCAGAUCGGAGAAGAACCAAACCCCAGUGGCUUAUAGACCUGUACAAACCUCUUGACGACCAACUUAAGAAGGCCAUAAUUGAGCUGUAUGAUGAAGAGUCCUCCGAGGAGGAGAUUUUUGGCAAGUCUGCGCUAAACAGGACGUCCGCGGCAUCCGAGAAGGGCUGCGAUCUCGCGGAAAUGCAACUGCCUGGAGACCCGACGCCUCCGCCCUGCAACCCCGCUGCGCCCCAAAACACCCUCUCCGCCCAGGAGGACGCGCCGGGAGGCCACACGCCGGGGGUGCCCCCGAGCCCGGCCCGGCUGGACAGGAGCAGCGGGGCUGCGAGGGACGGGGAGCCCUCGUAGGGCUCCGGCGGCUGCAGCGGUGCGGCACCGGGCACCGAGAGCCGCCCUCCGCGCAGGGGCACGCGGCCGGCCCCGCUGCCAGGCGGUGCGAGGCCGCUGCGGCCUCUUUGGCGGCAGCGAGCAGGAGGCCGGGCGCAGGGAGCCUCCGCGUGUCGGGGGUGUACAAAGUCGUCGCGUGCGUUCCAGGAAGGACUCGGGGGGGUUGGAAUUAAAAGGAUUUGUUACUGAAA